UGGGCAGCACGGAAGUGGAUCAGCCAAAGGGCAUCGAGGUGGUGAAGGAGGCGAUUUGCAAGCUAAAAUUCAAUCAACAAUUACGGAAGAGCGAAGGGACCAAAACUCCAAAAGUAGAGCUGACCAUAAGCAUCGAUGGAGUUGCUAUUCAAGAGCCGAAAACAAAGACAUCGCCAAAGACAUCGCGAAUUUACGUAUCCGCGAAGGUGAAAGUCUGCGACAGUACGUCGACAGGACUAGCCAUCUGGUUUAUUGCGCGCGCGGAGCCAUUCGAGAAAAAUACCGGGACAACGCCGAAGAUUUCAUCAAGGAGAUGGAAAAAGAUGUCUUGGAAAAUUUCAUCGAAGGCUUGCCGGAUCGGAUUUCUUGGAAGGUGUCGGCACAUUUCAGAGAUAUACAAACUCUUGAAGAUGCUUACGACGCCGUGCUGCACAUAGACAGAAAACUAAGGAAUCGAAGACAGAUGCCCCGGAACGAAUCGCCUGCAAGGUGGUCACGAAAGGAUCGUGAGACCGAAGAUUAUCGCCACCGCGACAGUCAAGUGUCGUACCCUGGCUCACCAAGUCGUUAUGACCGAGGGCGGCACGCCAGAACAUACGAACCUCAAGAGGAUCGAGAAGAGCAGCCACGUGCGACCGCAUGGUCCGUGCGACAAAGGAGCCCCUCGAUUUCCCCUUCGAGGCGCACUUACGAUUUCCCUAAGGAUGAGGGAAAUCAUUAUUCCAUAUUAAAAAACUCCGGAAAAUACCGCGAACCAGAAUUAUAUUGCUGGCAUUGCGAAACCACGGGACACGACGGGAAAUCUUGUAGAAAGAAUCCGCGUCAUCCUAAAUAUCGACGCGACUCGCGAGAUUCGUCGGCUGAAUCAAACGGGUCUUUAAACUACAAUCGCGCUCACCGUACCGGCGACACGAUGAGCGGAAACGAAAACCGUCGUCAAAAAACAGUACACUUCGACAACGACUCCUCAUCAAGGAAACACCUGCCCCACGUCUCGAAGCCAAAAUCCCAGAAUUGGAAUCAGGAAAAGGAACAUUUUUAA